AUGGAGGGCAUACUCAAGCUGCUGGAGCAGCACCGGGUCCCGAGCUCUCGCGUGCCCGACGGGGAGCUGCACGAGCAGGGGAGGAGGGCUCUCGGGGUUCUGGCCGGCGUCGUCGAGGGCGCCGUGGCGGACUACGAAGAAGACGACCAAGGGAUAAGGUUGGCCCAUGCUGAUUGCUCGAGAGCUGGUGCCGGCGUGGUCGGAAGAUGGGGUGCAGCUCUAGCGGAUUUUGACGGCUGGGGUACCAUGUGUCUUGAUUGCCGUUGGGCUGCCGCCUACCGCCCGCUCGGCCCGGGCUGA